GGACGAAGGGCGUUUAGUGUUCUACUCGUUGCCUUGCACGCAACGCGUUUGUUUCACCCGCAGUCAACGGGUGCAGGUCUCCUCUUGGUAUUUCAUUCUCUGCUUUGUCGCUCAUAACCUCCUGGCAUUUGGCCGACCCUUUACUCGCGAUCUGACGAUGUGCUUCCGUCGUGUGUCGUAGGCAACACCACAGGUGUAUGCUCGGCAUCUCGGGCCGAGUUCGCUUCAACGUGGUUGAGCUUGAUGCCACUCGCAUAUACGGUUGGAUCAUGAGACAUGCGCGGCCCUCGAAAGUCGACGUUUUGCGAACCUCAACCUGCAGGGUCGGUUUCGCCCAGGGCUGCAAACAGACUCGGGGGGCCAAUGGGGGCUGGUUAUAACCGCAUUCCUCAUGCCCUAGAUUAGAGGCUUAGCGAUCUCGACUGGCUCUCGAAACGUAUAACUACGCGUCCACCUCGAGGCUCGAGCCUUUGGUCAACCAACGAAACUCCCGAUAACCUCCUCCUUUCACACUUCUCCUCCUCCUUUCGCUGGGACACAAUCUCCUACAAACGGCCUCGACUUGCCUCAAAUGAGUGACUGGCCGCGACGCGAGGGCGAGUUACCGAUGCUCUCGUAUCCAACCCAGUACGAUUUGAGCCAAGCGCCCAUGGUGCCUACGCAAGAGCUGGACAGCAUCAUCCCUGUGCUGAACUCCCUCCCCGACGACCUCAUCAGCAAGAAGCGCGUUUUCAAGCCCACCGUCACGCCAGCAAAUUGCGCUGGACCGAGCUGGGUAACUAUCCGAUACGAGCUGCUCCGUCAUUUUCAAUCCGAAGACUGGAGGUUCCUCAACUACCGCUUUAACAGCGUGCGCGUGUUCCGCGGCGCGUCGCGGCUCGGUAUCGUAGGGCACCGUACGCGAGUGCCGGUGCGCCACGAGGUCGCGCCCGAGAUUCUCCAACAGCUUUGUUCGCUGCCCGGGGGUGUGAAGCCGUUCCCCAACUUAGAGAAGAUCAUCUGGACCGCGGUCGACCGCGACGCCUUCUUGCUCAUGCGGACGCUGGCGGGUCCGUCUGUCACCACUAUACACCUCGAGGGCAUGAGCUUCGUACCUGAUCGCUGCUGCUGGGACGCGCAUGACAACGUGGAGGAGAAAGACAUAGACUCGGACGGCGUGACGCUCGCCCGCACGGAGGCGUGCCAGAGAGCCAUCGAUGUGCUCGGUGACCUUGGCAGGCUGUGUCCCUCUGUCCGCUCGUUCUCCUGGACCGACUACUCGUGUAACCCGUACGUGACGUCCGCCGUGAGCGAGGCUGUCCGGUGGUGGUUUCUUGAGGAUGUGUCGUGCGGCACGCUGAACAUGAGAGUCGUGCAGACACUGAUGACGAGCCGAUCUCUGCGCAGGCUCGAGAUGUUUGUCCCGCCCCACAACGGUCCUACCUCGAUUGAGCCGAACUGGACUAUAGGCCAGGACUUUGCCCGUCUGGAUAGCUUGCGCUUGCUUAGGGGUCGUCGUGGGUUUAUGGACGCGGUCGAACUGCUCUUGGCUAUUCGAGGCGCUAUGCACGUCAAACACUUCAGCGCGGCUGUAUCGACGUGCUCGGAGGUCCCUGACAUCGGCCCGCUCAUCAUCGCUCUGUCGAGGUCCUGCCGCUACACCGUUCUCAGCUCUGUCUCGCUCGAGGAAAACUUCUUCAGUCAAGAGGACUGCAACGCGAAAGUGACGCUCGUCAGCCGGGCUGGCUUCGAGAUCACUAUGCAAGACCUGUCGCCCUUGUUCAAGUUCUCCAACCUCACGUCGCUGGUUAUCGACACGCAGCGCGCGAUCUAUCUUUCGUACUCCGAUCUGAGGCAGCUGGCCGGCGCGCUGCCGCGUCUGCGCGUGCUGCAGCUGAACCGCACGCACGGGUGGCGCGUCCGCCCGUGGAUGACAUAUCGGCAACUCGUGGCGCUGUGCACGAAGGACUUGCCGGGUCUGCGCGUGCUCGCGCUCGCGAUCAACGGAAAGAGUCGUCCUGACACGUGCAUGGGCGGAUCCGACACGGAGGCGCUGUUCGGGCGCGGUGCGGCAGGCCAGCUGGAACAGCUGGAGCUGCUGGAUUCGCCCGUGGGGGAUGACGUGCAUGCGAUCGCGCGGUGCCUGUUGGCUCUCGUGGCGAGGCCAGAGGCGUUCAGGGUGGACUUUUGGCGCGGGCGGUGUAUUGGGGAGGUUUCAGCGGUAAAUGAGGGGUGGAUGGAGGUGGAGAGAGCGGUGUGGGAGCUGCAUGAGUGGGCGAUGGGGAGCAGGAGUGCGGGUAUUGCGGAAGGGAGGUGGCAUACGCGCUUCAGGCCUGUGCUGCCGCUGCCUGAGGGCGAGGUGGGAGGGCCGGCGGUGCCGAUGCUGAAUGUAUCUUCUUUCCCUGCGCCGCCAGUUUCGCGUGGUAUGCGACCUACAUUGCCUAGGCUAGAGACCGGCGUGGAUGCAAGAAGCGGGAUGAUGCCAGGUGCUGGGCCGUCGUCGACACAACCCCAGAGUCGCUCGCAGAGGAGGAAGUAAGUCAUGGGAUG